GACAUCGACCCACAUCUUUUCCCUUUUAAAUCGUAUUUUCUUUUAUCCCACUCGACAUAGUUACUUUGAAUCAAAAGAAGAAAAAAAAAACCCCAUAGAUCAACAAGCCAAAAUUUUAAUUUUAAACCACUCCCACCUCCCUCCAAGAGACCAAGUACACGUACUUGCUUUUUAAAUUAUCACCACUCUUAUAUGUACAUGCUCCUCUCGUCAUGUUUAAAUUCUUAAUUUGUACCUUCUAUGGAAUGGAACAAAACCAUUAAGAAACUAGGAAUUAAAGAUAUCGACCAAAAGUACAGACGAAACUGAAUUUGGCCGACCUUGUCUUUUAAUUGUAGAGAAAAAAAAGUACCAUAACCUUUCUCAAAGUAUUGACUUGUCGAGCUGUUGUCAUCCUAUUGUGUUCUUGGCUCAACCGUUUUAAUAUAUUAUAUACACUUUAAAAUAAGAUAUUUCUAUAUUUCCUUCCUUCGGAGAAGAGAGAAGGGUUGUUUAUAUUGCGACUGAGAGCUUUUCUUUCGUACCUAAUUUUGUGGUUUGGAUGUUGCAGUGUCACUGACAACAUGGGGGCAGUAUACAGACCAUGUGAAAUCACCAUGGAAAACAAAGAAUUAGAAGAAAGAUAUUUAUUGAGAAAGAAAAUUGAAGAGAUUGGCAAGAUGACUGCCUUAUCUCAGGAAGAUAUUAUCUCCAACACCAGGACAGUUAUUCAGGGAUUAGAAACUCUGAAAAAUGAACAUAAUCAAAUACUCUAUAGUCUCCUAAAUUCUAUGAAGACCAUCAAGAAGGAGAAUGGGGACACUAACUUGGUGGAAGAGAAAACAAAUAUUCUCAAGAAAUCUGUAGAUUCUAUUGAACUGGGGCUUGGAGAAGCUCAGGUGAUGAUGUCUCUUGCCAAUCACCUGCAGACAACUGAAGCUGAAAAGCAGAAACUCCGAGCCCAGGUUCGACGGCUGUGCCAAGAAAAUGCUUGGCUUAGAGAUGAAUUAGCAAAUGCACAGCAGAAACUGCUUUUGAGUGAACAAAAGGUAGCAACAAUAGAAGAAGAAAAGAAGCACCUAGAAUUUAUGAAUGAAAUGAAGAAAUACGACACUAAUGAAGCCCAGGUAAAUGAGGAAAAAGAGAAUGAUCAGUCAUCCCUCGAUUUAGGUUUUCCUGAUGAUGAUGAUGAUAGUGGUCAACCAGAAGUACUUUCUCCAACUCAGCCCAAUGCCAUGGCUCAAGCAGCUAGUGGUGGCUAUGAAAUUCCAGCUCGGCUUCGUACGCUACACAACCUUGUCAUACAAUAUGCUUCUCAAGGCCGUUAUGAAGUUGCAGUGCCUCUUUGCAAGCAAGCUCUUGAAGAUCUUGAGAAAAAUAGUGGUCAUGAUCACCCUGAUGUUGCCACUAUGUUGAAUAUUUUGGCUCUCGUUUACAGAGACCAAGGAAAAUAUAAGGAAGCCGCUAAUCUACUGAAUGAUGCUUUAGGCAUAAGAGAGAAAACUUUGGGACCUGAUCACCCAGCUGUGGCUGCCACUUUAAAUAAUUUGGCUGUUUUAUAUGGUAAAAGGGGUAAGUACAAGGAUGCUGAACCUCUGUGCAAGAGAGCCUUGGAAAUAAGGGAGAAGGUUCUUGGUAAAGACCAUGCAGAUGUUGCUAAACAGUUGAACAAUCUGGCUCUCCUUUGUCAAAACCAGGGAAAACAUGAAGAGGUUGAGCGUUAUUACCAGCGUGCAUUAGAAAUAUACCAAAAGGAAUUGGGACCAGAUGAUCCAAAUGUAGCAAAGACUAAAAAUAAUUUGGCAUCAGCAUACUUAAAACAAGGAAAAUAUAAACAAGCUGAAGUACUUUAUAAAGAAGUUCUUACCAGAGCACAUGAGAGAGAAUUUGGAAAAGUGGAUGAUGAUAAUAAACCAAUUUGGAUGCAGGCUGAAGAAAGAGAGGAAAACAAGGCAAAUAAUAAGGAUGUAUCUCAACAACCAGACUUUAGUAGUUGGCUCCAAACUCAAAAUGCAGAAAGGUUAAUUUCUGUUUCACUAUUUUAUCACAGUGAUAAGAGUCCAACUGUGACUACUACUCUGAAGAACUUAGGAGCACUCUAUCGUAAACAAGGAAAAUAUGAAGCAGCUGAGACCUUAGAAGAGUGUGCUCUACAGUCAAAGAAAAGUGGUCUGGAUGGAGUCAGGCAGCCCAAAAUAAGUGAAGUUCUAUGCAGUGACUAUUCUAAGGGCCAGUCCCCAAAAGACAAGAAACGUUCUCAAAGCAGAGAUCGUAAUCGUCGAAACUCAACGGAUAGUGUCUCAUAUGAGAGAAGUGGUGAUGGUGAUGAAGUGAGUAUCACUAUGAAUUGGUCAUGGGAAGGGAGUGGGAAACUUAAGCGCAGUGGCUCAUUUUCCAAACUGAGAGCUUCCAUAAGGCGUAGCAGUGCUAAACUGGUCCAGAAACUGAAAGGCAGAGGAUUUGGAGAUUCUGACACACCUGGCAGCAAUUUGGACUCUCUUCUUGUCCCUUACGCUCCAAGUAUGAAAAGAGCAAGCUCCUUGUCAGUACUCCCCACAAGCAGUAAAGAUAAAUUAAGUGAAAAUCGUCGAUCUAUAGGCGACCUUAGUAUCCGAAGCAGAACUGCAAGUUCAGACCAAUUGUCAAAUCGGCCUUUUUGAUGUCAGUUUGUCUUGUACAGCCAGCCUAUGUGUAUAGCAUGCCACCCCACCCAGCUUACUUCUUUUAUAUGCUACAUCAUAUAGCUAAUGUUUACUCCUAUUCCACUACUACUACCACAACCACCACCACCACCACCACCACAAUCCCUUCUCUUACUGCUCAGUUGGACAUCUCUUCACCCAGCUCAUGUCAGAUCAUGUCAUCUAUACAAUAUGGGUGACUCUAUUUCUUUCUCUUUUUCCUACUUUUUCUUUUCAUCUGUUUUCUUAUAUAUUUCUUCUUCAUUCCUUUUGAUUUCAAUAUCAUUUUUUUUUCUUUAUCUAUGUUCCAAUAAGUUUGACUAACAUAGAGAAAAAGAAAAAGAACAAUGCUGCCGAGAACCAACAGGUUUGAUCUCGGUGCCAUAACAGUGUUCAAAGUUAUGGCUUCAUCUCUCCCUUUGUGCUGUCACAUUUCACUAAAGAAAAAAAAAUAAGAAAGCAGUUAGCUUUAUUAUUAUUAUUAAUUUCUCCCCACCCCAACAAUAUUUAAAAACUCUGAAAUUCUGAGUGUAUGAUGCUUAAGAGAUUCACAUUCAUGUUUUUGUAAAUGGUUGCACUUGAAGAAGAAGAAACAAAAUAGUCAAUUGUGAUUGUGUAAAAAGAAGACGUAGUUGACCACAUAAGACAGUCUGUCAGUUCCAUGUACAAUCACAUCUAUCAUGAACAGCAGCAGCACUCAAGUUUACUUAUUACAUUGCCAAUAUUUUUUAUCUGCACACACAUACAUACACAGAUCAUAUGGAUGCCCUUCCUAUCACCAACCCUCACCUGUUUCCAAGUAAAGCAUUAUUUUCCCAUGAUCAUAUGUUUUUCACAGGAUAUUGGAAGCGAAGGACACCUUGCAUGACGAUGACACUCAUUUACAACUAUCAUGUGAUGUCAAGACAUUUACAAACACACAUACACACACACAUAUAUGGCAGGCUUCUUUCAGUUUCCAUCUCCCAAAUCCACUCGGAAGGCUUUGGUCAGCCCAAGACUAAUAGAAGACACAUGCCCAUGCAUUGGGAUUGGAUCUUGAACUAUGUGGUUGGGAAACAGCCCUAUAAGUAUGCAAUUUAUUUCUGACAGUAAACUGCUACCAUGAGGCAGUUAUAUCAUAAUAAUUAAAAUAAAAAUGUUUUUAAUAAAUGAAACCAUUUAGACUCUUUAUGCUAUUAGCUUUAUACUUCAAUUAAAGCUCUUCAACUUCUCUCUUUAUAAUAUUAGUUUUAUAGUUAAAUUAACUACGGUUCAUCUUAUAGCAAAUAUUCUGUGUUUGUCAUUGUAGAGAAAUAUAUAUAUAUUAUAUAUAUAUAUAUAAUAUAUAUUUGACUUACUGGAGUGGUUGGCUGUUUGUUUCUUUGUUUGUUGUGUUGUUUUGGUAAGGGCACUCCAAACUAAAAAAAGCUUGUUUCUUAUUUGCAAGAAACAGUCUGUUCCCUUCUUAAAUUUCCUUAAAACAUUGAGGUGCUGCACUCCAGUAAUCUAAGAUGAAUGCAUUUUGCAUGUGAAUAGUUUACACUGUAUUCCCAAAGUUUAUUUCACUGCUGGUAUUUGUACAUAUCAAUUUGGUGUUAAAAUGGCCAGCAGGGAAUUAAGUGAAAUGGUCGUAUCCAUAGAUGUCAGCUGAGUAACACGGACCACUCAGUAGGUUUCCUUAUUUUGUGAAUUGAAGGGGAAAUAGUCCACAAAAUGAGUGAUAUGUUUGGUGUAUUUCCCCCACAUUUUGCACAAAAGAGGUCUCCUUGAGUAGUUUGUUUGCAUUCAUGGUUUUUUUUUUUUACUUUUCCUUUAUUUCCUUUACUAAACUAAGAGUUACUAACACUGAAGAUCCCGAAAAUACAUAAAAGAUAAUCUGUUGAGACUGUAAAUGGAGAUACAAUGUGAUGACACGAAAUAAAAUGCAAUGAAUCUUUUCUUUAUGAGGAAACAAUGCUCACCACCAGUGAACGAUAAGGAAAUUGUUCUUGUUUCGAGACCCUCUCCCCGCCCCACCUUUCGUGAUUGUGUUAUAUUUGGAGUAGGAUUAAAUGAGGGGUGAAUUCAGACACAAAGCCCUUUAAGUUGAGUACCCUAAACCUGAUCAGUCUUCUGAAUGUGCAACCAUUUUUAUUAUAUUAUUUGUUUCUAAUUUAUUGCAAACAUCAAAAUUUCCAUCCAUUGUUAUAUGGCUUUUCUUGUGAUUUACCUGUAGAUUUGUGCCAUGUCAGGUGCUGCCCCGUCUGUAAAGUGUACAGCCUUAAUUACUAGAGCACAGCGACCUUUCAACAUGUUUGGUAACUCAUGUACUCACUGUGUAUAAAUUAUAGUUAUAAAAUGUAAAUAACUUAGAGAAAGAUUUUAAAAAAUGAAAUUAAUAACAAUUUUAACAUUUUUGUCUCUUCCCUAUAUAAAUUCCAUGAAAAGUUAUGGUAAUCCCCCAGUCCUUGCCCCUUUCCCCCACUCCAAACGAAAAAGCAAAAAAAAAAAAAUACGGCAUUUCUAAAUUAAAGAAUAAGCAAGAGCUAAUCUCUCAUUCUAGAGAACUCUUAAGAACCUUGUAAA